GGUCAAUCAAGCCUCCUUCCGGCCCACGCAAUAAAUACUCUUCGCGUCAUAUGCAACGUACACAUAUUGCAAAUCGCUGGCGCAAGCACAAUCCCCAGGUUGCACCAGCAGACUUGGCUCUUAUUAAUUGAACUGUUGCAGAUUGCCGGUAUAGAAUAGGACCAGGUUGUCCUUCAUGAUUGUGACCAGUCUACACGAGUCUGGGGAGUCGGACGGUUGCGACGCGAUUAUGGGAAGCGAAUCUAUUACGGCCCACAUUCGAAGCUACAUACUGAUUAUGCCUGCCCGCACGCUGAAGUGAUCCAAUACUGACCCCGGCUUAUUCUGCACGCUGCAUGCAUCUCCUCAAAGGAAAGAAUUGGCAUCGAACCAGCACUGGCAGUUAUGACCGCUGCAUGAUGAGAGAUUGCCCACAAUGGCGGAACGCUACUUAUGCACUGGACGGGUAAGAAUAAGAACGAGGCGACAAUCCCCUCAGUUCCCAUCACGCCGUCAAUUUUAACACGACUGUAUUUGGAAGUUUUGCCUACGAUGGCUUCAACGUCGCACAUCAGGGAGUUGCCCGGAUUCCCGAGAAUUUCGGUUGUUGUAUGCUAUGCAGUGGUUCUCAUUGCUCUCCUGAUAUUCUAUCGCCUAUACCUAAGUCCCAUCUCCAACGUCCCCGGACCAAGACGGGCUGCCACCACACGUCUUUGGCAUAUGUACGAGAUAUGGACAGGUCGCCAGAACCUCACAAUCCUAAGACUACACGAAAAAUAUGGCCAAUUUGUCCGGAUCGCGCCCAACGAAGUCAGCAUAGCCCAUCCUGAGGCUAUCAAAAAGCUGAUCCUCACACCUCAGUUCAAGGGCCACUGGUACAAGAUGAUGAGGUUUCCUGAUUGGAGAUUCCGAUCAACAAUGUCAAUCCUUGAGCCAAAGGAGAAGAUCGAAUUGUCCAAGCAAUUUUCCUCUGCAUACGCCAUGAGUAAUGUCAUCAAGUCAGAGGAGUAUGUCAGUACGCUUAUCGAAGCACUAACUAAAUGGAUGGACAAAUAUGCUGCGAGUCAUGAGCCCAUGGAUCUCGCCAAAUUCUUCACUUUCACUGCGUUUGAUGUCGUCGGAGAGGUCGUGUUCUCGAAGCCCUUUGGGUUCUUGGAGAAAGGUGUCGACCUCGACGAUUCCAUUUCACAGACACUAGGCUUUGAGCGCUACAUCUCCGUUGCUGCUUUCGUCCAGUUUUUACAUAACUUCCUGAUAGCCAACCCUUUCGUUACUUGGCUAGAUAUCAUUCCUACCAACUAUCUCGUCAAGACAUCAAAUGCGGCCCUAGAUGAGCGCAAGAAAAAUGAGGAUGCACGUUUCGAUUUUGUAGCUCAUUGGCUGAAAGCCCACGAGCGGAAUCCGGGCAAGCUGCCCUAUCGUGAUCUCCAGGCUGCCGUAAUGGCCAACGUUGGCGCUGGGUCAGACACAAUCUCCUGUGCCCUUCAGUCUACUGUCUACCACAUGAUCCGACACCCGAAUGCAUGGAGCCGCGCUCGCCAGGAGAUUGACCAGGCCAUACAGGGAGACGAAAUCUGCCGCGAUCGCAUUAUAUCAUAUGCCGAUGCGCAGCAAUUACCAUAUCUACAUGCCUGCAUCCGCGAGGCUCUACGUAUCUUUCAUCCCGUAUCUAUGGGGACGCCAAGAGUAGCGCCCACGGGUGGCAUCACCAUUGGCGGCCGCUUCUUCCCAGCUGGGACGAUACUCUCGCUCAACACAUUCAGCAUGAACCUGUUGAAGGAGGUCUGGGGACCAGAUGCGCAAGAGUACAAGCCGGAGCGAUGGAUGGUGGAGGAUACAACCGAGCUUGAGAAGAAGUUCCUUCCUGCAGGUUAGCUCAACUCUUCACGCCUACCUUUGCUAACCCCUCACAGUUCUCGGGGGGUAUUGGCGCUUGCGCGGGUCAACAUUUAGCAAGGAUUGAGGUAUACAAGAUUAUGGCGACUCUCAUUCGAGACUACGAUAUCGAUCUGGUGCAUCCGGGGCAGGAGUGGACGUACCGUGCUUAUUUCACUGUUGUUCCUGGCGAUUGGCCUGUAUAUAUCAAGAAGAGGAGUGCUUAAUGUAAUUGGGUAAGUGCGUGCUCUUAGAGAACACUUUUGCCAGACACACAAGCU